AUGAAUGUAAGGCCGAGAAAGUCUGCAUCAAAAUAUUCCUUUGAGCCAAAGAUUCCUCAGAGUCAAGAGUUGUUUGAGGUAGAGGAGGAGCAGGUAGCAAAAAAAGAGUUUAUGCUUGAGAGCCAGGGAGAAUACACGCCGAGAUCGAUGGGCCAAGACACUGCUCUCGAGCAUCCUUUUAUUCUUGGAGAGCAGGAAGGGCUUCUACUCACUCUCCCCCGUGAUGUAUCCAUGUCAAAAAUAGUUGUUUAUGAAGACGGAAGCUGUGGGUUAAAGAUUGGAGAUGAGGUGUUCCCGAUGUCUGCAAGAUUCGUUGGGGAGUCCUUAGUGGUCGAGCACAAGGAGAUGGCAUAUGGCAUUGGUAGUGCAAAGUUCCAAUUAACUCCACAGCUUCAGGAGUUCAAGAAGUAG